CCAGAUACACCUGCAUCCCGCGUUUGAAUCGACCCUCCGUCAAUAGGCGGCAACGAGCCCGCGGUGAUGUUGUGAUUAUUUUCCACAUCACACGCCGUGGUGACGAGGGGCCAACGAUGCGCAUGCUCGGUGCGCGCACCUACCCGGGGACCUGUUGCUCAGCCGCGGCCACACUGCGCUGAGGGGCCGACCUGAAGGAUGCCUUUCGUUAUCUUUCAUCGUCGCGGACGUAAAUAAUGCUUCGCGCUGUAUCGAGAUUAUAAUCGAGCCGGAUUUCUUUUUUAAAGUGGAACGCGUCACGAGUCACUGUGUCUUCUACAGCGAUCCGAAGCGGCUCACACACCUGCGAUGGGCAAAUGCUGCAAAUGCAAAGGGAGACUGCUCUGCAUGUGCCUGCUCCCCUGCAUGAUGACCGGCCACCUUCUCAUUUACAUCACGGUGUCCAUAUUCGUCACCAUCUCCUACACGCCUCCGAAAGUAAACGUCCACUACGUCGCGUCUGGGGUUUCUGCUCACUCCGCUGCCCUGGCCUCUCACCCGCUUGGCCCUUUCUGGAACCUCCGUCUGGAGGACAGUGCACUGUGGAACCAGUUGCAGCAUGCUUGGGACCGUCAGCACAACCCAAUACUGCGGGGGAACGCAACCGCGAAAUUUAAGCUUUUCUCAGAAAUCGAAGAUGAAUGCUCCUCUGGGUGCAUGACGCGCAAGUGUUCGCUCCCUCGUAUACAGGAUUUCAACGGCCUGCCUGAGCAAAUGAGGGCAUUCGUCAUGGCAAUGCACUGCAGGGAGUACCCCCUCCUUAUCAAUCAACCUGAGACGUGCAGGAGGAACAGCAGCAGCAGCAGCAGCUCGGGUGUGGAGUCUCCCAUGCUCCUCAUGGCCGUCAAAUCGCAAGCGGGGAACUUCGAUAACAGGCAGGCCAUCCGCGAAACGUGGGGGCGCAGCGGCCUGGUGAAGGGGGAAUCAAACAAGAAGGGCGGAUUAGUGCGCACUGUGUUUCUCCUCGGGAGGCAGGACCCAAGUUCAGGUCCUCGGCCGGACCUGGAAAACCUCCUGGAGAUCGAGAGCCAGAAACACGGGGAUAUCCUGCAGUGGGAUUUUAGAGACACUUUCUUCAACUUGACCCUAAAGGACCUGCUGUUCUGGGAAUGGCUCAGGCAGUACUGCCCCACCGCCAUCUUUGUGUUCAAGGGGGACGACGAUGUCUUCGUUCGAACAGGUGCCCUCCUCGAUUACCUGAACACGCAGUGGGAAGAGCACAACCUGUGGAAAGCGUACACAAACAAAAGCGAGCUGGAUUUGUUUGUGGGGGAUGUCAUCUACAACGCCAGGCCGAUCCGCGAGCCGUCCGCCAAAUACUACAUCCCGGAACGCUUCUACCAAGGCGCGUACCCGCCCUACGCCGGCGGGGGAGGGGUGGUGUAUUCAGGCUCGCUCGCGCUGCGACUGAAAGACGUGUCCGACAAGGUGCGCCUCUUCCCGAUAGACGACGUGUACCUCGGCAUGUGCAUGCACAGACUGGGUCUCUCCCCGAGCCAUCACCCGGGCUUUUUAACAUUCGACCUCCCGGCGUCAGACAGGCGGAACCCGUGCGCUUACAGGUCCGUUCUGCUCGUGCACAGGAGGAGUCCCAAAGAGAUGCUGACCCUUUGGAAGCAGCUGCAGAGACCGCCGGGUCGAUGCUGAGGCUCGUUUGACUACCAAAUAUGAUUCAUCGAGAGCAGAAAGACACACUUAUUCGUAAACACAGACACACACACACACACACACACAGGAACUGCACUGAAAUGUGACGUGUGCUUCCUGAGGAGGACACUCAUCUCACUAUGGGUGAACUUUUAUCAUGAGGGCACAACGCUAUCAGGGCCUGUACAUGCUACUUUUUAAGAUCUCUACAAGUGUGUAUUUGUAUCGUUUCAACAUUAAACGUUUUAUUUUACGACACAAUAAAGGUCACAUGAUACCUAACAUGUUAUUUCAUAAUGUCUGGAGAGAAUACUGUGUAAGGUACUAACUAGAGGAGGUGAAUUAAUGUGUUUCUUUCAUGUUUUGUUGCAAUGAUUGUCUUUAAGAGUCGUUACCUUUUGUCCAGGUAUCAUACAAUGUGUAGAAUAAUUCAGUUAAUACUUUUUCUUUUACUAAAUCACUUACUUACUGCACACCAGUUUUCAGAUUUUCAAACGGUUGCAUUAUUUGGUUGCAUGGCUUAUUAUGAAAACAAUUGAUUAUUUAUUAAGUGUUAUUUCCUUUUCAAUCCUAAUAACUGGUAAUAUUCUCCAAUUGAUCAGGAAUUGUCAUUUCUGUCCUUGAAUCGUAAAGGAAGGAGUUGUCACAAACGGCCAUAAUGCUAAUUGUUUGCUCUCAUCAAGGAGUCCAAUAAAACAAUGUAUGAUAUUCAAGGUGAAAUUAAUGUUUGUCUCUGAAAUGCUUUAACUUUAUUGGAGAGGCUUGCUUAUUGAUUUUGUUCAUGGUGAAAUAGUGGGAUUACAUUUAGGUGGCAAUUGUCUUAAUGCAGGUCUUGAAGAACGAAGACGUGGACUGAGAAUGAAGACAAAGCGUUGAAACAACAGCAUCCUAAACCCAACACAGUGAUCAAAUGUAACUUUUUACUAAUCCACCGUUGUGUAACAUUAAAAAAAAACUAUUGGAGUGUU